AUGGCGGCGGGGAGGCGGUGGGGGGAGCGGGGCUCGGCCGUGCUGGAGCUGCCCCGCACGCCGCGGCUGGUGUGCGUGGAGUACCCGGGGCUGGUGCGGGACGUCGCGGCCAUGCUGCGGACCCUGGGAGGAGAGCAGGGGGUGUCGAAGAUCUAUGCCGACCCUGCCAAAAGGUUGGAGCUGUAUUUCCGCCCCAAGGACCCUUACUGCCAUCCCGUAUGUGCCAAUCGCUUCCCCACCUCCACCAUGCUGCUCAAGGUGAAGAGGAGGACUAAGAAGAAGAAGCAGUUGGAUGCAGAUGAACAAGUCCAGCCAGAAGUUGAGUUUGAAAUGGAAAUACUUGGGACUGUCACCACUGUUUACAAAUUUCAAGGAAUGUCUGAUUUCCAGUACCUGGCGAUGCACUCUGGUCCUGAUGGCAAACAAACCUCCAUGUACGACAAAGUCCUAAUGCUCAAACCAGAGAAGGAAGAAUUUUUCAAUAGAGAAUUACCUCUCUACAUCCCCCCACCAAUUUUCUCCCGUCUGGACACUCCCAUUGACUACUAUUAUCGGCCAGAUACACACCAUCGGGAGGGCUACAACAAUCCCCAGGUGUCGGAUGAGAACCUAAUUGGCCUCAGCAGGGCGCGUCGCCCAAACAAUGCCAUCUUUGUGAACUUUGAUGAUGAAGGAACCCCAACCAAACCACUGGAUGCUGCUGUUCAGAACUGGAAGAAAGUGUGCACCAAUCCUGUGGAUAGAAGGGCGGAAGAAGAGCUGAGAAAGCUUUUUGAAGUCCGUCCAGUCUGGUCUCGGAAUGCAGUAAAGGCCAGUAUCAGCGUCCACCCAGACAAGCUGAAGCUUCUGUUGCCGUACUUGGCCUAUUACAUGUUAACAGGUCCUUGGAGAAGCUUAUGGGUUAGGUUUGGGUAUGACCCCAGAAAACACCCUGAAGCAAAGAUUUAUCAAGUACUGGACUUCCGAAUUCGCUGUGGAAUGAAAUAUGGUUAUGCCCCUAAUGACAUGCCCGUGAAAGCAAAACGCAGCACGUACAACUACAGUCUGCCCAUCACUGUCAAGAAGCCAGUAAGUCAUACAGUCAGUGUUCACGACCUGAAACAGGGUCUUGGUACAUCUGGUGCAUCUGGUGCAAAAAAGUCUGCCUCCAGCAUAUAUAAACUGAAGGAAUCUGUCUACAUUUUCCAAGAAGGAGCUUUACCCCCUUAUCGGCAGAUGUUCUACCAGCUCUGUGACUUGAAUGUGGAAAGUCUACAGAAAAUCAUCCAUCGGAAUGACGGCACGGAGUCGGAAUGCACAGAGCGAGAUGGGUGGUGCCUUCCGAAGACCAGUGAUGAUCUCCGAGAUACCAUGUCUCUGAUGAUAAAGCAGAUGAUCAGAUCCACAAGACCUGCUCUUUUCUCAAGUACAACAAGCAAUGAAGAUGGCAAAGAGCAGCUGGCAUACGAGUCUGGAGUGGAUGAGGAUGACGAAGAGGAAGAGGACUUCAAGCCUUCAGAGGGGAGUGAAAAUGAAAUGGAGACAGAGAUUCUAGACUAUGUGUAAACUCAGGGAGCAGUCUGGCUGGUAUUGGACAGAAUCAUCUCUGCCCUUGUUCCUUGACUGCUGAGGGUUCAGCAGCGAUGCCCAGGAUGUGAGAAAGCAGAACUUGUCCUAAGGAGCCAACAUCUCUCUGUACUGACUGCUGUGCCUGGCAGUGGCCAUCAUUCCGGAUGUUAGGAGCCAUUGCCUGCAAUUUCCUAAUUGCUGGCUAAUAAGCCCUCAAGCAAGCUCAACAAAUUCCCAAGAGUGAGCCCAGAAUCUAAACCAGCUGGAAGUACACCUGAGAGGAGAAGCUGCAUUCCCCAAUCUCUCCAUGUGUGGGAAGGGCACCUGGGCCAGGUUGGUGGCCACGUGCAAAACAGAAAAGGUACCUGAGGAGUGCUGGGGGAGGCAUUCC